AUGACCGUCUCACCGCCAGCGUCACCAGCCGGGGCCACCCCGCGGCCCAUCAGUGCGGUGAUGCGCACGCCGCGCAGCAAUAGUCGCUUGAGCAUGAGUAGUCGAAAUGGGGGAAGUCGCGCGUCUGAUGAGGAUGGCAAGACGGCUGUCAAAGUUGCUGUCCGAGUGCGACCGCCUCUCAAGCCGACUGAUCCUGGGUACGAGUUGAUCCCUCAACGAUUUCAGCGGCCUAUGGUUCACGUCACCAGCCCUACAAGUGUCGCAGUCGACGUUCCUCAAGGUCGCAAGUUGUUUGUUUUCGACCGUGUCUUUCCAGAGACCGUGGAGCAGGAUGGGAUCUGGGAAUAUCUCAGUGAAAGUGUGAGCUCUUUUGUGCAGGGCUACAAUGUAUCCAUCUUGGCAUAUGGCCAAUCGGGAGCUGGUAAAUCCUACACCAUGGGCACUGCAGGCCCCAGUGAACAGAGCAUGCCAUCGGCAAUGGGUAUUAUCCCCCGCGCCGCGCAAGCCUUGUUCGAAAAACUCGAUGGACCAAAACAUUCACGCAACAGCUCCAACUCGACUGGUCUUCGUACUCCGCAGCGUUACUCAAUGAGUUCGGCUUCAGGCUUCGCACGACCGGCCGUGGAAAAGAACUGGCAGUUGAAGGCAACUUACGUCGAGAUUUAUAAUGAACAACUGCGCGAUUUACUGCUCCCCGAGUCAGUGUCUGCGUCAGAUCGCAGUGCGGUGACCAUCCGCGAGGACGCCAAAGGCCGCAUUCUCCUGACAGGUCUUCACCAGGUCAACAUUAAUUCCGUCGAAGAUCUGAUCGGGGCCUUGACCCACGGAUCGACCAUUCGUCAAACUGACUCGACCGCAAUCAACGCCAAAUCAUCUCGCUCCCAUGCGGUGUUUAGUCUGAACCUCAUUCAAAGGAAAACCACAACACAGCCCAUGACUCCGAAAGAAAAACGCAUGUCGAUGCCUGUGGAUUCCAUCUCGGGCGGCGACUCUGUCAUGGUGGAUAGCAAGCUCCAUUUCGUGGAUCUGGCAGGAAGCGAACGUAUGAAGAAUACGGGUGCAUCUGGCGAGCGAGCCAAGGAGGGAAUCUCGAUCAACGCCGGUCUUGCGGCCCUGGGCAAAGUUAUCUCACAGCUCUCGUCUCGGCAGUCGGGCUCUCACGUAUCAUACCGAGAUUCGAAACUCACUCGACUCCUGCAGGAUUCGCUUGGUGGCAACGCCUUGACCUACAUGAUUGCUUGUGUGACCCCGGCCGAGUUCCACCUCAGUGAGACGCUGAACACGGUUCAAUACGCCCAGCGAGCGAGAGCCAUUCAAAGCAAACCUCGGAUCCAGCAGAUUGCAGACGAGGGUGACAAGCAGGCUCUGAUUGACCGCUUGAAGGCCGAGGUGGCUUUCCUCCGUCAGCAGAUUCGUAACUCCGAAAGCACCGAUCGACGGGAACCAGCAUCCGCCGAAAGAGGUGAUCAUCGCAAAAACGAACGAGUCAUUCAGCUCCAGAACCAACUCCUGGAUGCACAGGAGAGUUACAAUGCCCUGAGCCAGCGCCACACCAAACUUAUCUCUCAGCUGGCUGAUGAAUCAACACCGAAGACGGAAGUCGACAAUCAACCCGACGAUCUGGGCAAAAGCUCAAUCGAGAGAAUUCAGAGAUCGAAAUCAUUUGCUGAAUCUGUUGAACAGGUUGUCGUCGAGUACGAGAAGACCAUCCAAUCGUUGGAGUCGUCUCUCUCCGAAACCCGUGCUUCGUUGGCCUCAACGGAAAGCGAUCUUCUCGAGCGUGAAAGCAAAUGCACGUACGUCGAGACGGUGAAUUCGCAGCUUCAGUCUCGGCUCCAGAAGCUUCUGGACCGCGAGGCGAGCACCGAAUCUUAUCUGCAUGAGCUUGAGUCCAAGCUCGACGGAGCUUCUACUGGGGAGGAAAAGCACGCCACUAUUGUCGACGAACUUCGCAAGGAGCUUAGUCGUGCCCGCGAGAAUGAAGCUGGCUGUGAGGAAUAUAUCUCCACACUGGAAGACCGUCUUGCCGAGGCGGACCAAGACAUGGAACUGAUGACGCGUGAAGUGAUUCGUUUGGAACAUGUAAUUCAACGCCAACGGGGUCUUGGUGCACUGGACAACUUGCUUUACGACCUGGACACCAGACACGAGAAAAAGAACAACGAGGAGCAAGUGCAGGUCGAUGACACGGAUUCCCCUCACAGUUCUCCUCAGAUUAAGGUUGCUCACCACAAGCACACUCCGUCUCUGGAUGUUUUGAACGAAGCCUCAGAGACUGCGAUCCCAGAUUCCGACGAGGACCUCGCCGAACCUAUUCCGGAAGUCGACGAAGAAGAUGAGUCGAGCGAUGUGAAACCGGCGAGUGAGGUUCAUGAGGUGCCCGGUGCGGACCUCAAGGUUCUGGAAAGCGUGACUAGCCAACUUGAAGCGCGCCGUACUGAAGCGGCCGGGGAAGAGGCAAUCGCCAGCCCUGCGCAGUCCAAGUUUGUCGUCGACAAACUCGAAACUGUGACUCAGGAGCUUUUCGAACUGCGCCUGAGCCACGAAAAUACCCUCAGCGAGUAUGAAUCGCUUGAGGCCAAGUACGAGGAAGCCUUGAAGGCACUCGCAGAAAUCCAACGCCAUAGGGCGGAUGAGUCUCGUCACCCUGCACCUUUUGUACAAAAUGAAAUGUCUCGUCCACUGUCUUUUUUAGACGAGACCGCCGCUCCGACCUCGAAGUCUGGAGCACAACAUUCAUUCUCGCAGUCGCUCUCUUCGGAAUUGUCCUCGGCCGCGGAGUCGCCGCGUUUGCGCGAGCUGUCUGAGGACCUGCAUGAAGAUGGCGUGGACACUCCAGCAACUGCAAUCGGCUCUACGGUCGUCCCUUCUACUGGCAAGGAAGAUGCCGAGAAAGUUCGCAGGGCGUUGGCCGAGCACCAAGCUGAUGCUGACCGCAUCACUCAGAAGUACGCCGAAUUGCAGAUUGAACAUGAAGAAAUCCUCGCUCUGGUGGAGAAACUAAAGGCGGAAGCGGAAGCUCAGCGCCAAAAAUCUACUCCUCCUACCACGCCCGGUUUCAAGAUGAUUCGGCGCAUGACCAGCCAGAACCUUCUAUCCGGUGUCGAUCGCGCCCAUCGCUCGCUCACUGCUCUCCGAACUAUUGCUCAAGAGGAGCUCUCUAGCAAACCUGAAGUUCACCAGCACUUCGAGGCCAAUUUGGAUGCGACCAUGCAUGAGCUGUCUUCUCGUAUGGAACGUUUACAGUCACUAGAAGCGGAGAAUCAGGCUGUCAAGAAGGAGAUGGAGAUGAAGUCAACUAUCAUCUCCGGGCUCACUCGCGAGCGUUCAAGCCUGCAAGGGGCCUCUUCCGUUGACAUGGCCCUUGUAACGCAAUUGCGCGACCAAGUUGUCAGCCAAGAGAACCAGAUUCAGGAGCUCUGCGAAGCUCACGAGACCCGAGAGAGGCAGCUUAUGGCGGAGAUUGAGAAUCUCAAAGCCCUUCUCAAGAGUCAGGAGGUUGCUACUCGGGCCCUAGACGCCGGGGCUGAAGAGCAAGACAAAAAGAUCAACGCCUUGGAGGGAGAGUUGACUGAGUGGCGGGGCAAGCACCAAUCAGCUCUCGAGUCUCUGCAAGCCUCUGAGUAUCAGCUCGCUACUACCCUCCGCGAGUUAGAGUCAUCACUGGCAAUCGUGGAAGCUCUGCGCUCCGAACGAUCUGUCCCCCUUGAUUCCGCUCCUGAUUCCGAGGCCAUCACACGAGCUCUCGACAUGGAGCGUGAAAGGCAGCAAGAGCUCGUUGAUGGGCUCAAGAAAAACAUUGAGGAGCAUCAGGGAACCAUAUCGGUUCACAUGAGCACAAUCACCUCACUGGAGAAAUCCCACGCUGAUUUGCAAGAAAAAUUACGCACGAGAACUUCUAUGAACGAGCACGAAGCGCGGGGUGACGAGGCUCGUGUUUCUGAGCUUAGGCAGGAAAUCAAUGCGCAUCGCUCCACCAUUGCCGAUCUACAAGACAAGCUUGCUUCUCUAGAAGACUCUCAUCAACGUGAGCUAAGAGAGUUGGAGCAGCAGAUCAGGGCUACCAUCCAGACCGAACGGACUUCCGACGAGGCCAUCAAAGACGCCGAGCAUGAGAAGUCUAUGGCAUUCCUGCACCAAGAGAUUGCUGAGUCUCGAGAUGAGCUGGUCGUCUUGCUCAAAUCAGUCUCAUCAUUGCUCAACGCCGAUGUGACCAGCGCGACUCUCACGACCCAGAUUCAAGAUGUGCUGGCGCAGAAGCAACACUUCUCUGAGAAGUACGCUGAGCUGAUGGACAGCAACGAGCACUUGCGGCAACGGGCUGAAACAAUUGACGAGUUGACCCAGAAGCACGCCACUCAAGAGGCCAAGGUCAAUGAACUGGCACUGCUAGUUGCAACUUUGGAGGACACCCUGCGUCAAAAGGACGAGCAAGUGAAAAAGAAGGAAGCUCUUGUGGAAGAGAUCAUGGCCGAGAAGGAGAAGAGCGUUCGCCUGGUCGAAGAACUUGAAGAGCAGAUGACCAAGAGCUUCGAUCAGCAUCACAACCGUCUAUCCAUCAUUCAACAGGAGCGCGACCAAGCACUGGAAGACGCGAAAGCCAAGAUCGUUAUUCUUGAAAAGGACAUUGACACCUACCGCGUUCGCAUUGAGCAGCUUGAGCUCCAGCUGAAGAACGGAACAGGUGAUAUCUCUCAUGAUCGCAGUAGUUCUCUCACCUCCAACCUGCGCAAGAGCGCAUCAGCUGCGUCCUUGCCAUCACCUCCUCCUGCUAUUCCUCUGCCUCCCCUCCCGACCAUUGCGUCUGCCACCAAUGGCACGAGCAGUGUGUCUCCACCUAACUCACGUCACGCGAGCAAGGAACUAGUCAGCGCUCAGCUUGUUGAAGACCAGGAAGCUCGCAUCCGUACUAUUGAAAAGCACUUGUACGCGGAGAAGCAAUUGACUGCUACGCUCGAGGAAGCCCUUGGUGACCUUGAAACUCAGAGCAACAAAGUCAAGACCGACUGCGAAACCUGGAAAAAGAAGGCAUGGGCGCUCGAGGACGAGCUUUCCAGUCUGAAGAAAGAACGCAACUCUGCGCGCCUUUCUCUUCAAGCCGUGGAAGAAGAGCGCAGUGCGCGUAAGGAAGCUGAAGCCGCCCGAGCUCAGCUUGAGGAGCGUAUGAAUGCGCUCAACAAGAAAAAGAAGAAGAGCACACUGAACUGCUUCUAA